CCCGGCGCGCAUUCACUUCCUUGCCAGAGGAGGCACUGGGCGAGUGCUCGGCUCCAGCGUGGGGCCCGGGUUCCACCGCCUCAGAUACAGCUUUGCCCCUGGGUCGCGAUGGGUUGUUUUCUUCUGUUUUGUUUUUAAAGUUACAAGGGAUGCCGCCAAGGCUUGCUAACCUGUGCAUCUGCCCCGCGCACAGCCCUGCGGCAGUUCCCUGUAGCCCGGCAGGCUGGGCUGCGCAGAGAGCGAAUGCAGCAACAUUCAGCCGCUGAGGCUCCUGCAGGGUGCUGGACCCGGGCCUUGCAGCGCAGUGGGAGCAGGUGGAUGUGAGCUAAUGAGCCCCUGAUCGGAGCCCCCCACACCCCCAGCACGCCGCCUUCCCUGCCCACCGCCCCAUCUGUACAAACACUGCUCUGCCUGCCUCCCGGUGAUGCCAGGGCUGUUAUGUUUGCAGAGCCCUUUGAAGCAGUCUGUUUCUAACUAUGAGUAUGUUUAUUAAAAUGCAGUCCUCUCUGCAGGAGCAUGGAGUAGAAACAAAGCUGAUGGACUGCAAGUUUUUAUGGCCGGGAUGCUGUAAUGAGCGCUGAGCUGAGAGUGGAAAAAUCCCAGCAGCGUAGUGUCACUGUUACCAUCUGUGAUGUAUCCACAAAGAGGAGGCUCCAGACCUGCAGAAUACCGACCUGCACCUCCCUGCAUCCCUGCCUGUGUCACUGCUAUAGUACUUGGAGCUGAUCCUUGGGUCACAGUUGUGUGUGACACCAGGAGAACCGGUGAUGUUCUGCCCCAGCUUAUCCAGGAAGGAAGAUGCCUCUACGUGAUCCUACUGAUGGCACUGUACUGGUGCACAGAGGCACUGCCCCUGGCUGUGACAGCUCUGCUGCCCAUCGUCCUCUUUCCCUUCCUGGGCAUCCUCCCAUCUAACAAAGUUUGCCCACAGUAUUUUUUAGACACCAAUUUCCUCUUUCUCAGUGGUUUGAUCAUGGCAUCAGCCAUCGAGGAGUGGAAUUUACACCGCAGGAUCGCACUCAGGGUGCUGAUGUGUGUGGGAGUGCAGCCAGCCAGACUAAUUUUAGGGAUGAUGUUGACAACGUCUUUCCUGUCUAUGUGGUUAAGUAACACUGCCUCCACUGCUAUGAUGCUUCCAAUUGCAAAUGCAAUUUUGAAAAGCCUCUUUGGGGAGAAAGACACAUCUAAGGAUAUGAUCAGGGAAAAUGAAGAAACACAAGCACCUUUACAGCAGAAUAAACUUUACACUGUACCAACUGAGAUGCAGUUUCUGGCAAGUACUGAGGACAAAGAUCUGGCGGAGGAGAAGGAAAUUACCAGUGACACUCUCUCAGACUUAAAGAAGGAGGAAGAGUACAAAACAAAUAUAUGGAAAGGCUUCCUCAUCUCCAUCCCGUAUGCAGCCAGCAUUGGGGGUACAGCAACGCUGACAGGAACCGCACCAAACCUCAUCCUUCUGGGACAGCUGAAGAGUUAUUUUCCAGAAUGUGAUGUGGUGAACUUUGGUUCUUGGUUUAUGUUUGCAUUUCCUUUAAUGCUGAUUUUUCUUCUCAUGGGAUGGCUAUGGAUCUCCAUCCUGUACGGAGGAAUUGAUCUGAGGGGCUGGAGAACAAAAAAGUCAAAUGUAAGAGUGGAUGCAGAAGCCCGAGCCAGAGAAGUGAUAAAGGAGGACUACCAGAAACUGGGCCCAACAAAGUUUGCGGAACAGGCAAUUUUCUUCCUCUUCUGCAUGUUUGCUAUCAUGCUUUUCUCCAGGGAUCCCAAAUUCAUUCCAGGCUGGGCCAGCUUGUUUGCACCAGGGUUUGUCUCCGACGCAGUUACAGGAAUCACCAUUGUGAUCAUACUGUUCUUCUUCCCCUCACAAAAGCCUUCCCUUAGGUGGUGGUUUGACUUCAAAGCACCAAACACUGAGACACAGCCCUUGCUGACGUGGAGGAAGGCCCAGGAAACAGUGCCCUGGAACAUCAUCCUGCUGCUCGGAGGGGGCUUUGCCAUGGCAAAGGGCUGUGAGGAGUCUGGUCUGUCUGUCUGGAUAGGAGGCCGCCUGCACCCCCUGGAGGGCGUACCCCCACCCGUGGCUGUCAUCCUCAUCACGAUUGUCAUCGCCUUAUUCACUGAGUUUGCCAGCAAUACGGCCACUAUUAUCAUCUUCCUGCCUGUCCUGGCAGAGCUGGCCAUUCGUCUGAAAGUCAAUCCACUCUAUUUAAUGAUACCAGGAACAAUAGGAUGCUCCUACGCAUUCAUGCUGCCAGUCUCAACACCUCCUAACUCGAUUGCAUUUUCUUCUGGACACUUGAUGGUUAAGGAUAUGGUGAGAACUGGGUUGCUCAUGAAUCUUAUGGGAGUUCUACUUCUUAGCUUGGCUAUGAACACAUGGGCCAAGAGUAUCUUCCAGCUGGGGACCUUCCCUGCAUGGGCUAACAUCCAUGCAGAAAAUGCCACAUCACUCUUGCCAGCUGUAGAAAAUGUCACUUUAAGUGCACUAAAUAAAAUAUGAACAAAGCUACCCCAGGGGAAGGACUCACUCACUUAGGACUCGGGCACUGGAAUCGUCAGCAUAUGCACAGGAAGAAAGCCACAUGGCUGCCCACACUAUAUGAGACCCUUGGGUUUAAUUUUAUUUUUAGAAAUACUGGUCAGUGUUGCAACAUCUAUUGGUUAUUUUCUCCGAAGGUCCUUUCCCCACCUUCCACAGGUACCUAUCAGAUACUCCCAGACAAUUUCAUCUGUCCAUCAUAGGUGGUUGUUACCUGGACAACCCCAUAGGCAUCGAGCAUCUUUGGGGAGAUGCCUCUCCCCCCAUGAAAGCUAGCGAGCUUUGCUACUCCAGCUUCUGAUACCCUUCCUCAUUUUGGAGAGCAGCUCAGGAUGGAUUUAUGUGCAACCCAAUGUGAGUGAGUGUAUCAGAAUCUGGCCCAGGGAGAAGGCAACGUGGGCUUCUGGCAGGACCGUGGAGGCUGGAGGCUCUUUGUGGUCUCAUGAGUAAUUCUCUCAUGUAGGAUGAAGACUAUUUCUUCAGGCUUGUGCAUGAAAGGAUGAUUCAGGGGAUGUGUCAAUAGGAUUCGGUGUGUUACUCCAUGCUUUGGAAACAGGAAGGCAACCGUUUGUUUCCAAACAUGUCCAAUGGUUUGAAAACCUGGUUUUCAGCUGCUGCCUGGUUCUUGGCACUGAGUGCACAGAUGGAGGUUUGGGGCCAAAUUUGUUUCUGACAUAACUGUGUGGACAUCAGUGGUGUUUCAACUUUGGUGAAUGUGGCCAGUCUUAGGUUUGUGAGACUGACCUACUUGUGAGAGCCUGCUGAGGUCAGCGGGCAAGCUGCACUGCAGUAUCAUUGACAUUGCUGAAAAGUAGGCUUUGAUUCUUAACAUCUUUGUAUUUCUGAUUGCUUGGAUACUUUCAAUGAAAGCAUUGCAAAUUGACUGUGAUUUUAAUCACCAUUUUAUCCUUUGUAAAAAAAAAAAUUCUCUAAGAAUCUAAAAAUAUUUAAAGAUCUGUCAUUGACAUAGAUGGAUGGAAAGAUAAAGGAUCUGAUUCCUGAUUUAGGGCAGGUUGGUGACUGGAUGGAUACUGGGCUCUGCUGGGUCCCUUUGAUGGUGUGAUCUUUGGAGCUGGCACAGUGGGAUCCAGCCCACCCCGCCUGCUCUUGUGCUGCUCAUGAAGCCUGGGGCCAGUUGGGGUCCACCUUAAGGCUGCACUCAGGCAGGGUCUUGGGUCUGAACAGAAACCACCAACGCCAACUAAAUGUAGAACUUUGAUCAGUCAUGUUCUGGAAAAAAAAAAUCCUGAAUGUUCAACAGAAUCCUUACAUCUAACAGAAUCCUUAAUGAUCAUGGAAAAUGUACAAUAAAGCACAUUUGUUAGCACA